UCUCUGCGCCUCAGCCGGGCUUCGCCGGGUGCUGGCGGUGCGCUCUCCCGCCGCGGGGCUGCACAAUGGCAGUCGUUCAGUAGGAUGGAUCCUGCCGUGGCUUUUGUUCUGCAGAUCCACCCAUCCUCCUAGCAGUCAAGUACCAGGCUAUGGUUUUCUCUCUGGGGAUCUUUCUUCCGCGUUUUGCCGGUGUCUCCGAUGAGGUUUUGGCCUCGGCUGGGAUUUCACUACCUUACUUUUCGUUUGGCUUCACGCUGAAAAAAGGGAUUUCUUAUAUUCGCUCUCCACGCUUUUGGUUAUAAUCCGGUGUUGGUCUAGGGGGAACAACCGUUCAGCCUGGCUGAAAAAAAAGCAUCCGUUGAAAAGUCUCAAAGAAAUAUACCACGUGAGGAAAAAAAACUGGGAGAAGAUCGGAAUAUAAUCGUUUUUUCUAUGAUAAAACUGGUGCCCCUCUUCAGGAGAACUGAUCUCAAUUUAUUAUUAUGCAACCACAAGGAUCUCUUCUUUCUCAGGGUGUAUAAGCUGCUGGAUUGCUUUUCGCCCAAAUCAAUGUGGUUUCUUUGGAACAUUUUCAGCAAAGGAUCGCAUAUGCUGCAGUGUCUUUGUGGCAAGAGUCUUAAGAAAAACAAGAACCCAACUGAUCCCCAGCUCAAGGGUAUAGUGACCAGGUUAUAUUGCAGGCAAGGCUACUACUUGCAAAUGCACCCCGAUGGAAGUCUCGAUGGAACCAAGGAUGACAGCAGUAAUUCUACUUUAUUCAACCUUAUACCAGUGGGGCUUCGAGUUGUCGCUAUCCAGGGUGUAAAGACUGGGUUGUACAUAGCCCUAAAUGGAGAAGGUUUCCUCUACACAUCAGAACUUUUUACACCAGAGUGCAAAUUCAAGGAAUCUGUUUUUGAAAAUUAUUAUGUAAUCUACUCAUCCAUGCUCUACAGACAACAGGAGUCGGGGAGGGCCUGGUUCUUGGGGCUGAACAAAGAAGGGCAAGUCAUGAAAGGAAACAGAGUGAAGAAAACAAAACCAGCAGCUCAUUUUCUACCCAAGCCAUUGGAAGUUGCCAUGUAUCGAGAACCAUCUUUGCAUGAUAUCGGAGAAACAGUGCCAAAGGCUGGGGUAACUCCAAGUAAAAGCACAAGUGCAUCUGCAAUAAUGAAUGGCGGCAAACCAGUGAACAAGAGCAAGACGACAUAGCCAGAUCCUCACAGGUGUUGUGACUUAUACUGAGUCCCAAGUACAGUUGAGUGAUUUAUCCUUGCCAGACUUCCCCUUGGCAGUGUCUGUGGAUCAGCUUGUGGCAAGUCACCAGCUUGCCCGUUGCUGUUUCUGAACUGAGUUGUUGCAAGCGGAUAAAUCUCAACACGUAGCUCCACCACAACGAGAAGACACCUGGAUGAACCAGCUAAACUCAGACCAUGGAAUGCCCUACCAGAUAUUGGAAUGCCUUUUUAAUAUCUUUUCUGUGACUGUGACACUUCAUGUGAAUGACAUACUUCACAAGUACACUUGAUACCUUGCCUGCUGACAAUUGCCCAUAAUCCCUUUUUGAGUCCAGUUUCAGCAAAAUCCAUGUGUUUAAGUUCUAUUUUGUAGCACACAAAUAAUCAAGUAAUUUCUAGUUAGAUGCUGUAAACCUGUGCUAUUAUGGAUUUCUCUUCCCUUUUUUAUAAGGCUGCUCGCUCCACUGUUUGUGACCUUUUGCAGGGAUUGUGUUUCUCUAUAACUUAAGUGUUGCCGGUGGCUUAGUUUUGAAAGCAAUCAGGGAAUCAGGAAGCCUUCAAAAAUCUAUUAUUACAAAUUAUAUCUAUAAAGAAUAGGAUUGUUGUCUCUGGCUUAAAAUAUUGAUUAAAUGUGAAUACUCUUUAGUAACAGAUGCUGUACUUCUGAGGUUGGCAUUAAAGAGGAGGGAAGAGUGUCAAACACAACCAACGGGGAGUUUUCUGAAACGUGUGUUUGGCAUCCCCCUAUAGUUUCUUUUUGUGUGUGUGUUUUAUACAUAUCACAGGCUUACUGGUAAUGGUAACAUUUGCCUUGCCCAGCGAGCAAGACCCACUCAUUUUUGGAAAAGUGGGUCCAAAGAAUUUUGUAGGCCUUGUAGGUCUGAAUUAAGGCUCAUUUUUCAUCUACUAAAUCUUCAUUGUUUGAAAAACAACCACCACCGAUAAAAGGAAAAAAAAAAAAAAAAAAAAAAAAGAAAAAAAAAAAAAAAUAAAAAAAAAAAAGACUAAUCAGAAUUGUGCUACCUAAAUCCAUUUCAAAUAUAAUCCUUUCCUGUUUUUAAGGAACUGAACUUAAUGCCAUUGUUAUUUUUGGCUGAAUCCCACACCUACUUAGCAAAGCAUGGGCAAGGAUGUUGUUGUGUUCUUUUUUGCAGCACCAAUGCAAAGGGUAGUUACAAAUUAUAGUUUAAUAUUUCUGGUGUUUUAAAAAAAGAAGUUUUAAAACUGGACAUAUUACAAAAUUUUAUUUUGAUUUUUAGCUAAGCAUGCAAAGUCCAGUCCUAUGUAUUUCACUGAUAUCCCAGUAUGUACCUCCACCCAGCUUCCUAGGAUAACAUGCCCACCAAAUUGCUAGAUUGAAGGUGCCUUGCCUUGAUCUCUAUAUACUGUACUUUCUCCUACAUGAACCUAGAAGAAAUCUAAAACAUCAUAAAAUUGAAGCCUUGGAUCAUAUUACCAGAAACAACAUCAACCCUUUGAGUUUGUCACUCGUGAACAAUUAAGCCAGUGUUGCGGGGGAUGAAGGAGGGCGGGGGAAAGAUUUAGAGAAUGCCACAGAGAUGCCACUGAAGUUUUUGCAUGCUUAGUCACAGGCUUUCAGAAGAUGGAAAAUAUGGGCACUCUCUGUAUGCUUAAGAAAGAAUUUGUUCUUAGAAAUGGCAGCAAAGAUCAAACUGUAUCUCAGUCUGGAAAACUGUGUGGCAAGACUCUCUUGGCCUCUUGCUGUUACCUUGGUAUUUAAAGACAAAAAGAGGAAGCCAUCUGUUCCUUUUUUAGCAUUGUAUUUCUAGCAAUUUGUUUUAUCACAUCUUUGUGCUGAAGUCCCUAACAGAGACUGCUGAUUAUUUCAAACUCCCUGCCUGCUCAGCUGAACAGUCUGAUUCAGUCUGAAUGAACUCUUCAUACUAGUUUUCAAAGGUGUUCUGUUUUUAUAAGCAACAUUUAGUGCACUCUUCAAGGAGGCUACUGUAAAGCUGCUAAAUUCUAGAUGAACUUUCUUCUUUUUUUUUUCUGUAGGUCAGACUUUUUGUAUGUGUGAUACGAGAACAGCAAGAUAAUGCUUGAUGUUGGGUCGUUCUAGGGAGGGAAUGAGUUAAGCAUGAAGCCCUCUAUCCAUGUAGAGAAAAAAUAAAACAAACCUAAUCUAAAACUGUGAUAAAAAAUGCAAAGAAACUUUGACUUAAGACUGUGCCCUUGCCUGCUAGCACUAAAUCUGUGUGUGUGGGGAAAACAACACUUCAUUAAAAACUUCGGUGUGCCCUUCUCGUCCCAUCUGGCCCAAUGGGAUUUGUGCACCAUCCCUGAGAAAACAAAAUCAAACCAAAGCAACUCAGAUGGUGAGCUGGGGGACCCCUGGGAGGCAGCAGCCUUGAUGCUGUACUGUCGGCAGGGUCCUGCCGUGGCCUCAGGCCUUCCUACAGUUGUAAGAGGACUUCACAAUAUUUCAAGUAAGAUAAAACAGCUGAAGGUGACAUUCUCUCUCACCUGAUGCAUGAGGAGGGUAUACACAAGUCCACGUCCCAUUCAGCUGUCUUUUUACUCAUCCAGUGUAAAAGCCUGAGGAGAGACAGGGCUGGAGACCUGGCUGAACCACGCAAGGAGGAUCUGGUUCAUUGCCUGAUCCUAUAUAAGCAUUAUUUUCAACAUUAAUCUUUUGGUCCUGAGUAACUAUGAUCUGUGAACAAGUUUGGGAGGCUAUAAUUAAGGCCAGAUUUAAUUUCUUUAAGCAGUUAGUACAUAGUGGAAAUAUAGGUGGAGUCUGUUUUGUUUUGGUUUUUGUUUUUAAUUUUUUUUGUUUCUGUGGACUAAAAUCAUAUGAGUGUUUAAUCCAAUGAAUCCAUGUCCUAAUUUUUUUUUUUCUACAAUCUGUUUAAACGUAACAAAGGUAUCUUUGUGCUUUGUUUCCUCCCUUCAAUUUUGUCUUGUCUCAUCUGUUGCAUGGGAAGAGUAUGACAAGGAUGAACUAUCUGCAUGUUGUAGGUCGUGUCUGUCAAAGAACUGUUGGUCAGUGUUACAAAUUUACAUUCAUAUAUGCAAAGAGUUUGUCUGCAUUGUACAGUUUGUGUUUAUUCUUAUUUGUUGUAUACACAGAUUCGACAUGAUGAAUAAAACAUUUAUAUGAAGGCAUACUGGAAAACCAACAAAAAAUUUUAUGUAAGAAGUAGACUGUGCAAAGCAUCAUUACACUGGCCACAGGAUGGUGAAACUUCAUGUAAAUAGGCCAGCAAACUCAGUUCUCCCCCUUUACCAUGCCAAAGAAAAUUUCAGCUCCUUAUUAUAAUACCUCUCUUGCUGUUCUCCAGGAUGAGACUUCACCAUUUUCUUCCCUCUAAAAUUAAUUUUGCUGUUAAGUGAAAGCUGUUUUCAACUGUCUGUUACUACUAAAGUACUGUAUAGUAAAUCUGACGGAAUCAAUUUGUAAUUACAGAUUGGGGUUUUUGUACUUUCAUGUGCAGCUGUCCGUGAAUCUGCAGCGUUCCAGGUCUUUUGCAUGCUUGCACUGUAUUUUGUUCUUCUGGGUUUUCUCUAAUCUCUGAGAGACUGUUCACAUUGCAAUCUAAUCUCAUCUUGCCAUUUUAUAUGUUAACACUGCACAGAGUCAUUUUAUUCUC